AUGGCGAAAGAGAGAAAAAAGCAAGUGCAAGAAUCCCCACAACCCGGCCCUUCCGCUCAGGCUACAUGUGGCCGAAUUCGGCAUCCAUUUCGGCAUAGUGAUAGGCAGUCUUUGCUUUUGGCCCCUUUUUUGGUGGUGUUCCCAGUGACGCGGGUGGGUGUGGGUACUAGGUAUGUAUUUUGGGAGUGGGGCUUUGGUAAAAUGGGGACAUUGAUUGGCAUAUUUACAGUUGAAAAGGGGAUUGGCACAGUCGUUUUCCCCUAUGGCUUUUCUUUUACUUUUCUCGCUCCACGUACCGAGGCGCAAGACCGCGGCGCGCGGGUCAACCUGACAAUCCGCACGUGCAACAUGGAUGACGCUACUUUGUAUUACGCACUUGUCAAAACGGCCGAGGCGCGCGUGCUGCCCAGUUCUGCACUUCACAAAAGCAUGCAUAAUUACACAUCCAUCCAUCUACGUAUCUACGUAUCUACUCUUGACUCUUCCGUCGCGCACAAGUGGAGAUGCACUCUUCGGCCCUUAUAUCUAGCAUGCGCCAUCCCCGACUCCGCGUCCUCGCGAUGCGCAUGCAAGAUCAAACCCUCGAUGAUCGAAUUCGGCGCGCGCUUGCAAACGCCAAAUAGGAAUCAGAAAGAAAAAAAACGAGGCUACUAUGCGAACACGAAUGAACGUGUUUGGUUGCCUCGGGUGAAAAGAAAAUUGCAUACGAAGAGCUGGAACCGCAAAGAUAACAAAACAAAAAAGUCGUUUGACAAAACGUGCUAUUACACAAGGUGCACAGCAAAAAAAAGUUCAAUUAUCGCGCUUCAUUGUCUACCCAUACGGCCGGAUAGCCUAUUCUUUGAUCUACAACAACAAGGUGCCUCUUUGGCUUUGCGCCACAACUGCCAAUAA